AAUCUUGAAAAAUCAACAAAUCGAAUAAAAGCUGAUCGAGCAACAAUUUUAUUAGAACAAUCCGAUAAAAAAUACAAUUUAUAUACAACAUUUGAACUCAAUCAAGUAAUAUACCAUAAAACUUUCAAUGUUUUAUCAGCUAAAAACGGAAGUGGAGAAACAAUGAAAUCCUCAGCAACUGACCUUAAUACAAAAAGAGAGAAAGUUGAAACAUACGAACAAAUGGCAAACCCGAAAAAUUUCUCAAGAAUGAAUUUUUGUAAAUGUUGUGCAUUACCGCGUUUGAGUAUAUGUUGGCAAAAUCCCAACUUACUAUUUGAAUUU